CCAUUCAAAAGCCAUGCAUUGCGUACAUCUAUGCGCAAAGCUAAAAGUUUUGAAUUCGUGUGCUUGUUUGAGUGUAGUGCAUUUCAAACAUGUUGAAGCAAAACCGGGUAGUGUUUUAGUGAAAAUUUGUAAUGAAAUAUGUCAGAAAUCAAACGUGUCGUCCUGAAUACACUCGAAACGCAAAAAGUGAGUGAUAAAGUGAUAAAAAAAGUGACCAAAACUGCGCGAAUCACCCUUAUUUUACCCGAAUCCAAUGAAGACGAGUACCCUGAGUUUAACUAUAAGGACGAGCUAGCUGCUGCUGUAAAGAAAAAAUCAAAACCCGUGAAAGAUUCCUCCAAUUGUGUUGAAAAUGGUUUGGAUCCGUUUGGCGAAAAUGAUGACGAUGUCAGAAGAAUUGCGCAAGAAAUGGAAGCAAAAUAUGGCUCCGGAGUGACGAAGAAGAAGCGAAAAGGAAGAAAGGACGAUUACGCGGAUAUAGGUAUGGGCUACGACGAGUCCGAUCCUUUCAUAGAUAACACCGACGGUUACGACGAGAUCAUACCGCAGAACGUUACGACGCUCCACGGAGGUUUCUACGUGAAUUGCGGUGCGCUUGUAUUCAAGACUGAUGAUGAGGCCAGUUCGAACGCUUCCUCUUCCGAUCCCUCGUCACCUGAUGCUUCCUCGUCGUCUGAGAGCGAAGGUGAAGAAAAGCAGACACCCAAAAACCGAAAAAGAAUUUUGGAGACCUCAGAUAGUGAUAGCGAUACUGCCAAUCCUAACCAAAAGGAAAAGAAACCCAAAGUACAAUCAGCGGCCACUACCAUGCAACAAGCUAUCCAAAAGAAACUGUUCAGUACGACUAAGAUACAGGUGAAGAAAAGGCGUUUGAUUGAUCCUCUUAAAAAGACUGUGAAAGACUUACUGCGAGAGAAACGCGAGGAUCUCAACAUGACCGUACCAGAGGAGCUGAAGACUGUGGAGGAUAACAUCGAAAAAGAAUCCUCGAAAGAGAAUAAGAAGCCAAUGAAUAUUACCAGUGUCACGGAUGCCAUAGAAUCAGUUUUGAAAAAAGUGGUUCAAGAAGAAGAUCAGUUGGAUAAUAACAAUAUAAAUCAAACCAAACCGCCAUCUGACGUCACUCCAAAUGUCGUGCUGACUCAAAAUAAAAGUGAUUCCCAACCUUCUUCAUUGAAUAAGGAAAAGGACAACAAGCCACAGCUUACUAGGUUAGAAAAAGAGGAAAUGGUGAAGUUACCAGAAAAUUUACCAGCAGAUAUAGAAGACUUGGUGUCGAAGAUGAAGGAAGCAGCAUUAAAUUAUAAAGGAGAGGGUAAAAAGGCGUUCUUCACGAAGGAAGUCAACUCGUGGCUUUUAAAUCUUGAGAAAAGGAGCAAGAGCAUAAGUAAAUCGUCAAGGGUGAAAGUCUACGAGCAUCUUUCCCAGUACGUGAAUUGUACAAAAGACACAUUAACGCGUCGUGCUAGAGUUCUAGAUCUGGAAGACAGCGAGAGGCGAUUGAAGAUCUUGGAGAACAAGCUGAAAGAAUCUGUUGCUGCCAUAAUGCCGAUGUUGGAAGAGAAGUAUCAGCAAGAGAGCGAAAAAAUCAUGCAAAAGUUUCCCAAAGGUGAUAAUAACGAAGAUAUGAAAUCAUUGAAGCUCCCCAGAAGGAAGUUUGCGUGGUCUGAAGAAACUAAGAAAUUCUUAAAGGACGUAGUGAGUUUGAAGAAACGCUGCUUGACCCUCGAGGGUAAAUGCAAAGAUAACUUGCUAGAAGAGCAAAUUAUGGAUUACUUAAGAAAGCAAAUCAUACCGAUGUGGCCGGUGGGAUGGAUGUACGUGAAUGUCAUGACAAAAAUUAUCAAUAGCAUGCAAGAUAACUCUAGGCCCCCUUCUUCUACCAGUUCGCAGUCGAGUAGCAGUACAGUCACCGUCAAGUCAGUGAAACAUUCCAAUCUUUCUAUAACGCCCGUCACCAAUGGCAAAACUAACACAGAAAAGCCAGAAAUUACUAAUAGCCUUACUGUUACCAAAGUCGUUAAUAAUAGUGAGAUCGAUAGCGCAAAAAAGAACCAUUUGAUUCCUGAUAUCACAAUAAUUAAAGAGAAAGACGAGCGAAGCAACUCCAACUCUUAUAAAGAUCUGGAGAUUAUCACUAAGCAUCCCAGUCCGCCAAAGGUUGAUCCCAUGGAUGUACCCGCUGACCUAUCGAUACAUCCCAAUAAGAGCGAUGUCUUCGAGCUUGUCAGUGACGAUUCUCAAUUUCUAGAAGUCAAUAAAGUGAAACCAGAACAGGGAAAACCUCUGACUUAUCAAAAACAACCGAAGCAAACUGAGAUGUUUAAGCCAUACGCCGACGAUAUUUCGAUCGAACGGAACAUUCCAGAAAAACCGAAAGUAGUGUCAUAUGAAGAACAACGUCUACCUCAUGCCGAAAUCAUACCUCAAGUUGCUCAGCAUGUUGAUCAUUCGUAUCCGAACAAAGAAAAGGCCAGCGGACAGUCGUCGUACUCCGAAAAAAGCAAACAAGGAGUAGAAAAAGAAAAGUACAGCACACAUAUAUUCCCGGUAGAAGAACAUAUCCCUCAUAGUUAUACAGAAAGAGACAAACGAAUCCCACAAUCGUAUCCAGACAGGGAAAAACAGAGCUCCCAUGAAGUCGUAGAUAAAGAUAAGCACACGAAUCCCGAAAAAGAUAAACGCAGUACAAUGAUUUAUCCGGAUAAAGACAAACAUAGUUCUGUCUCUUAUCCCGAUAAAGAUAAACAUAGUACAAUGAUUUAUCCAGAUAAAGACAAACAUAGUUCUGUCUCUUAUCCCGAUAAAGAUAAACAUAGUGCAAUGAUUUAUCCAGAUAAAGACAAACAUAGUUCUGCCUCUUAUCCCGAUAAAGAUAAACAUAGUACGCCUAGUUACCUAGAAAAAGAAAAGUAUAGCGACCAUGGCUAUGCAGAAAAAGACAAGCAUGCGCAGCUUAGUUAUUUAGAGAAAGAUAAACACAGUUCCCAUGGGUAUGUAGAGAAAGAUAAACAUGUUUCUCUUAGUUUUGUGGAGAAAGAUAAACAUGUUUCUCAGGGUUUUGUGGAGAAAGAUAAACAGGUUCCCCACGGAUACGUAGAGAAAGAUAAACAUGUUUCUCAUAGUUAUGUGGAGAAAGAUAAACAGGUACCCCACGGAUAUGUAGAGAAAGAUAAACAUGUUUCUCAUAGUUAUGUGGAGAAAGAUAAACAGGUUCCCCACGGAUACGUAGAGAAAGAUAAACAUGUUUCUCAGGGUUUUGUGGAGAAAGAUAAACAGGUACCCCACGGAUACGUAGAGAAAGAUAAACAUGUUUCUCAUAGUUAUGUGGAGAAAGAUAAACAGGUUCCCCACGGAUACGUAGAGAAAGAUAAACAUGCUUCCCGCGGUUACGUGGAGAAAGAUAAACAUGUUACUCAUGGAUACUUAGAAAAAGAUAAACAUCUUUCUCAUAAUUAUAUGGAGAAAGAUAAGCACGUUACCCAUGGAUACGUAGACAAAGAUAAACAUGUUCCUCACGGUUAUUUGGAGAAAGAUAAAGACAAACGUGUUUCACCCGCUUAUCUAGAAAAGGAUAAACAUAGUUCACGUAGUCAUCCAGAUAAAGAAAAGCACAGCUCUCAUAGUUAUUCGAGUAAAGAUAAACAUAGUUCCCAUAGCUAUUCAAACAAGGAAAAAUCUAGUUCUCACGUUUACGUAGACAAGGAAAAAUUUGCUGCCCUUGCGCAUUCCACUCCUGCUCAGAGCACUUAUGUCGACAAAGAAAAACAAUCUUCGUCGUAUUCCAGCAAAGAAAAGCCCAGUUCCCAUUCCUAUUCGGAUAAGGAGAGACAUGUUUCACAUUCGUAUGCAGCAGAUAAAGACAAGCAUAGCUACCAAUCGUACUCUGACAAAGACAGACAUGGACAUUCAUCGCAUUCAGAAAGAGAUAAGCACAAGAAGUACGAAGAUAAGUUGUUGCACCAUCAAGAAAGGGCUUCUAAGUUGGAUAAUUUGUUGCACAACGACAAACCCGCGAAUCUCAGCAAACAGAUAGAUAAGCCAACAGAUCUGUCGAAGUUUCAGAUGUUUAAGCCGUAUUCUGAGACACCUAAGUCACACACGGACGCGAGGGAUCUUACCAAGCAACACCACAUCGCAGAGUAUAAAGCUAAGGAGGACAAACAUCAUAGAACUAUGGAUAUUCCAAAGUCGAUGCCACAAGAUGCGUCCAACUUUACAACGAAAGCUUUUACUACUCCCAGUGAUUUUAUGAAUUCGCGGUAUGACGUGUCUUCGUCUUCGAAGCAUCGGAGCACCAAUGCACAUGGGUUUACUAUAGGGAGUCUCAGUAACGAUAUACCCCAAGUGAGCCAAGUCAAGGAAGAUAACGGCGUGAUAGUUAAGAAUAUCCAAACGAAAGACAUUAAUAGAGAAGAUCACCAUAAUCCUGUGAUACCACUAGCUGCUCACUGCCAAGGAGUCAAAAGGAAACUAAUGGAAACCUAUUCCAGGAGUGCCGCCGAGCUUACUUCUCCAAAUUAUUAUACCGUCGCAUCAAAUAAGCAUAAUGAAUACUCAACAUCAACUCCACUAGUCACUAAAUCGGAGGGAGAUGGCCAGCAGGACAUUCAGAUGGUAAUGGAGAACCUCAAAGCGCUGCAAAAACUAUCCUGCUCUCCCGCCAAGACAGACACCAGUGUCAGCUCUCCCGUAUCGGUAAUAUCUUAUAACAACAAAAACUUCCCGUCGCCCAAAACUACCACGGCGGCUCUCAAUCUGGGUAGAGGCGACGCGAAUAGCCGCAGCGAGUUCCCUGGCGGGUUCCAGGACGAAUUCCAGAAACAGUUCAUAAAUUCCUUACAACAAAUGGCUGCCAAUGCUGGUAGUAGUAAGUCUAGUUAUAAUAAUGGCAGUUAGUCCCGUUUUAUAGAGAAUAGAAUUAUAGAGAGGUGCUGUUUUAGAGCAUCUUGAACGUACUGUGGAGUGAUGUUUUUAAAAUAAUGUAUAUAAAUAAGUAAACUGCCUGAGAAAAUAUUAUCUAAGACAUGAAAAUGUUGUAAUUAUAUCCUUUUUGAUUUGUACAUUAAAGUUUUUGAGAUAAGUUUUAUUCA